CCGGUAAUCGGUGAGUUCGCUUCGAGGGGAGAUUGGUGGGGAGUUUGGACCCACCGAAGCGCUGUUAUUUCCAGCUGCUGGUUAACAGGCCGACGAGAUCGCCAACUUCCUGCUUUGCCCACAGUGAGGAUGGCAGUCACCCCUCGGCGUGUCCGCCUGAAGCCCUGGCUGGUCGCGCAGGUGGAAAGCGGGCGAUACCCGGGAUUGACGUGGCUUGACCGUGAGAACAUGCGCUUCAGGAUCCCAUGGAAACACGCCACACGGCACACACCCCAGCACGAGGAUGAGGACACCAUCUUUAAGGCAUGGGCUGUGGAGACCGGAAAGUUCCAGGAGGGAGUUGACGAACCUGAUCCUGCAAAGUGGAAAGCUCAGCUUCGAUGUGCCCUGAACAAAAGCAGAGAAUUCAACCUCGUCUAUGACGGCACCAAAGAGAUCCCCAUGAAUCCUUGGAAGAUAUAUGAUGUCUGUGACAUCCCUCAGCCCCUCAGCAACCACGGCUCUUCAGAUGCUGGCCCCUGGACACCCGGGGAUGAUGAUGGUCUUGAGGAAGAUAUUCCAGAUACUCCAGAGUCUCUGCCUCCAUACCCAUCUAAUGGCACCCCCUCUCCUCUCAUUAUGUGGUCUCCGAUGGGUUCUGAGUCAUCCAUGCAGCCUCCCAGCUGUCCCCCAUCAAACGAGGUCUGGCCCAAAGAGGAGCCUGUUAAACCCUGGCCUAAAGAGGAGCCCGUGGAUGUGGAGAUGCAGCAAACGACACACGACAUGCCCCCAGUUACUCUGCCCGAUCCGUCUUUGCAGCCCCCUCCCCUGCCCGACGGCUUGUUUGCCUCUCCCGAAAUGUGGAUCAGUUCCCUUCCAAUGACAGACCUGGAGGUGCAGUUUCUUUACAGAGGGAAGGAGAUGUGUCCUACAGCGACAGUCAGCAACCCGCUAGGCUGCAGGCUGUUCUACGGAGACCUCGGGCCCAUGGUCAAUCAGGAAGAGCUGUUCGGCCCAGUGAACCUGGAACAGCUACGCUUUCCGACCACGGAGCACAUCACCAAUGACAAGCAGAGGGUCUUCACUAACCGCCUUCUGGACGUGAUGGACAGAGGUCUGAUCCUGGAGGUCAGCGGCCACGAUAUCUACGCAGUCCGUCUCUGUCAGUGCAAGGUGUACUGGUCUGGCCCCUGCGCUCCAAAUCCAGCUGCUCCGAAUCUCAUAGAGCGGCAGAGGAAGGUCAAACUGUUCUGUCUUGAGUCUUUUCUCGCUGGUGUGAUAGCUCAACAGCGUGGCCAGGCACCAAUCACUCCUGACUAUGAGAUCAAUCUGUGUUUCGGGGAGGAGUGGCCAGAUGGAAGACCCAAGGAGAGGAAACUUAUCAUGGUCCAGGUCAUUCCAGUGGUGGCCCGAAUGAUAAGCGAGAUGUUUUCUAGCGACAACACGCGAUCGCUUGACAGCGGCAGCAUCCGCCUCCAGAUUUCCAUCCCAGACAUCAAGGAUAACAUUGUGACCCACCUAAAGCAGCUUUACUGCCUGCUACAGACCCACCAGGGCCCGGAAAACUGGGCAUUGCCGCCUGGCUCAGCCCUGAACAUCCCCCCGGCACUGCAGACUCAGUGAAACACGUAAACCUGUGAACUAAUAAUCACCGAUCAGCCGCAACAUUAAAACCACAUGCCUUAUGUACAGUGUAGGUCUCUGUUGUGCCACGUAAACAGCUCUUGCUCGUUGGGAAAUGUACAGGCGAUGUCUGGGUGUGUCCUGGGAUGUUGGAACUGCGUUCUUUGUGUCCUGUGUCAACUCCAUGGGCUCUUUAACGUUACUCGAGUGGUUUUUAAGCACUUUCCACUGAGUCAUUGCCAAAGUAAUGUAGUAUUGUGUAUAGAACAACCUUUAGGGGGGAGGUACACGUCAAAGUAAGAUGAACGGGCUGAAUGAUUCCCAGCAGACUGUUGCAUUGUAGCAAUGAUGUCAUUCACAUCAGCUGUCAGUGGUUUUAAUGUUGUCUCAUCGGUGUUUAUCUACACUACACUUCAUCUGACGGUUACCUACUGUAAGCAGGGAACUGCUUACAAUCAUAUUCAGAAGUGUACUCAAUACUGUAGGAUUUAUACCCUUUUCAAAUUUUCUCUAGUAUAAAUGUGCCGUGUUUGUGCUUUUCUCUAUAUAAAAGUUGUGCCUUGAAGCCUGCAUUACUCAAUAUCUGCAGAAACCACAGACCGAUGCUGUGGCUUCACUGGCCAAAGUCCUGCUUGUUGCAAGGCAACAUUUAACAGAGUUAAUGAGUUACAGAUAUCACGCUGUGCCUUAUUUAUCCUGAAAGGGUCCUAGAGCCUGCUAUUCAUGAGGGGCAGAAUGCUUUUUAUGGUUUUCAGUUUAAAUAUUUUGAAGCUACGUGUUUAGCACGAGAUUUAUAGAUUUUGGAAAAAUAGAUAAAUGUGAAUUAAAGUUUGGAUUAAUAGAUUUUUCUACAGUUCAUGCAUGACUACACAGUUCAGUGGUGCCCAGCUACUUGAGAUCGGUGUGGAAAAAAAAUCUUUUUUUUUUUGUAUGUAUGAGUUUCGUGGUCAGCUGGCCCAUAGUUUCUGUGGUUUUUCUAUUUACUCUUAUAGGAUAGUUUCCAUAUCUUUUGUUUCAUUGUACUAAACAAUACUGAGUAAUGGGUUUGUUCUGAAAUGGAUGCUGCUGCUGCACUUUGGGUCUGAAUUGUUUUAUGGCUUGUUGAACGUAACUGUAUUUAGCCUGUGAUCGCGUGUUUAUUUUAUCAAUAAAAGCGUGACUGUGAA